AUGCCAAAGGAAACUAAGCUCUACGAGGCUCUUGAAGUCGACCCCAACUGCUCCGACGCCGAGCUCAAGAAGGCCUACCGCAAACUCGCCCUCAAGUUCCACCCCGAUAAGACCGGAGGCGCCACUUCAGAGAGAUUCCAGGAAAUCAGUCAUGCAUACGACGUCCUCUCAGACCCCGCAAAGCGUCAGGCCUAUGACCAAUACGGCGAGUCUGGCCUCUCAGGCGAGGGCGGACCUGGCGGUAUGGGUGGCCUCUCACCGGAGGAUCUCUUCUCACACUUCUUUGGCGGCGGCGGCGGCGGACGGGGCGGUCGUCCCUCUGGACCUCGCCGCGGCAAGGACGUCACUCACGGAUUGAAGGUAACUCUGGAGGAUCUUUACAAGGGCAAGACCACCAAGCUAGCCCUCCAAAAGAACGUCAUCUGCGAAAAGUGCGAGGGCAAAGGUGGUAAAGAGGGCGCUGUCAAGACCUGUGCCACCUGUAACGGCCAGGGUUAUCGAGUCAUGCUGCGCCAGAUGGGACCCAUGAUGCAGCAGAUCCAACAGCCCUGCGGCGACUGUCGUGGCGAGGGCGAGAUCAUCAAUGCCAAGGACAAGUGCAAGUUCUGUAACGCCAAGAAGGUCACCCAGGUCCGCAAGGUUUUGGAGGUCCAUAUCGAUCGGGGCAUGAAGCAUGGUCGCAGGAUUGUCUUUAAUGGCGAGGGAGACCAGGCACCGGGCACCAUCCCUGGAGACGUCGUCAUUGUCCUUGAUCAGCGUGAGCACGAGCGGUUCCGUCGGAGCGACGACGAUUUGUUCUAUAAUGCCAAGGUCGACUUGGUCACAGCCCUUGCAGGAGGCAAGAUCCACAUCCCACACUUGGACGAUCGGAUCCUUGUCGUCGAUAUCCUUCCUGGCGAGGUCAUUAAGCCUGGCGAGUUAAAGGCAGUGAUGGGACAGGGAAUGCCCACGGAAAGACACCACGACUUUGGCAACCUCUACAUCCAGUUCGAGAUCGAGUUCCCUGCUGCCAACUGGACCGACCUUGCCCAGAUCGAGCAGCUCCGGGCCAUCUUGCCUCCCGCUCCCGCACCUCCAGCUCUGCCCAAGGGCGCUCAUAUCGAAGAGGUCAGCCUCACAGAAAUGGACCCCCGCCAGAAGGCAAGGGCUGAGCAGGGCCAUAUGGGCGGCGACGAUGACGAAGAAGGUGGACAGGGAUCUGGCGUGCAGUGCGCACAGCAGUAA